AUGAAAUACACCAAAAAAACCACCUUUGUAAUUUCCUUAUUGGUUUUAAGCACUUUGCAUGCAACCAUUAACGCGGCGUCUAUAGUCAAUGAUGUAAUAAGACGACAAGCAGGAACUUCAGUUUCAGGAAAUACACGGGCUGGGGAUACAACUGUUGUUAACCCCCCGACAACCAUUUCCGCACCAAACACCCCCGUGCAAACCAGGCAAGUAUUAACUCUAAUUGCAGAAAGCGAUCGAUUGAUCCAAGCACUUCCAUACCAAUGGUAUCAACUACAAUUAUAUCAGGCACAUCAGGCACAAGGCAAGUAUCAACUACAAUUUUGCAAGGCUUCAAAAACGCAAAUAACAUUUUCAUUCGUAACUAGCCAGAACACGUCCACAGAGCCAGGGACGACUAGAGGAACGUCCACAGAGCCAGGGACGACUAUAGGAACGUCCACAGAGCCAGGGGCGACUAUAGGAACGUCCACAGAGCCAGGGGCGACUAUAGGAACGUCCACAGAGCCAGGGACGACUAUAGGAACGUCUACAGAGCCAGGGGCGACUAUAGGAACGUCCACAGAGCCAGGGACAACUAUAGGAACGUCAACAAGGACGUCAACACCAAAAGACUCCAUCCCACUUCCAUCUCAAACAACCAUAACUGAAAACGUUUGUAGCGACACUGAUUGCCAAACGGAUACUUCAACGGGAAUGACAGGACAAAUAAUAACCACCACCAUAACGACUGCUCAAACUGAUGGUCCAAAGACAACGAUAACACCGACUAUCACCGACCCCAACUUUCAUCCUACCACCACUAUAUAUGCCAUUACUAUAUAUCAAUCCACUAUUACCGUAAUCUUUCCGGGUUAUACAACUACCAUAUAUACA